GAAGCGGACAGGCGAGGGAGAGGUUCUUCGGCCGAGGCUGAUUGCGGCUUUUUUUUUUCGCGUUUUAGGAUAUAUAUUUUUUUGCCGGAGACAGAGAUGGAGAAGGUGUUAUAUAAGAAGCUGCCCGAGUCGACAGCAAAACUUGUGAACCUUCAGCCACAAGCAUCCAACAAGGCUGAGGCCUUUGUUAAGGCCUUUCUGAAACGCAGCAUGCCCGGGAAGAGCGAGGAGGACAUUGAGAAACGCUUAAGCCGCAAAGCGGUCGUCCUUGAGCACCCGCAACCGAGAAGGACCCGGCAGAGGGUCAAACGGAAGAAAGGAUUAUCGGCCAAACAGAGGCGAGAAAUGCAUCUCUUUGAGAUUGCUCCAGAACAGCAGAGAUAUGAGAUAUUUAUCCCAUUGCAUGAGCUUUGGAAACAGUACAUUAGAGAACUCUGCAACGGAUUGAAACCAGAUGCACAGCCACAGAUGAUACAAACCAAGUUGCUUAAAGCUGAUUUCCACGGAGCACUCAUGACAGUGACCAAAUCCAGAUGUCCUUCCUACGUUGGCAUCACGGGCAUCGUCGUCCAGGAAACAAAGUACGUUUUCAAAAUUGUCACGAAAGAAGACAGGCUGAAAGUUAUUCCCAAGAGGAACAACAUCUUCAGCGUUGAGACGGAUGGAUUUGUGUCCUACAUUUACGGAAGCAGGAUCCAAUUUCGAGCAAGUGAGCGUUCCGCAAAAAAGUUCAAGGGGCAAGGAACCAUGGAUCUGUGAUUCUGCUUUUUCUUUUUUUUCUUUUUUGUCUGGAAAAUUGGAAACUUUUGUUUCCAAGGGUUUCACAGAAUCCACGACCGUCUUUUCUUCAAAGAAGAAAAUGAGCACGGGAAGCAACAGCAGCAGGAACAAGGAUGACUGCCUCUCUAUC